UCUGUGUUGGUACAAAUAUCUGCUGCACUGACUGUAAAUUGUAGUACAGAAACAUAUACAAGUCACAGAUCUAUGUGAACAAAGUUUCUGUUGCAAUUCAGAAUGCAAAUAAUUAAACUGUUUAAAAGCACAAAUUUCCACUUCUAAUAAGCUCAAUUUGUCAGAUGAGAACAUAAUGUAAGUUUUAUUUCUGCUCAAAUAAAUAAAGUCCAGUAUGUUUUUUCAACAUAUGAAAAAUCUUAUGGACAUGUUUCUCUGACCAUCAACUACAUAAUUAAUUGUGAAGUGCCUUGUGACUGCAAAAUAGCAAAAGUGAUGGAUUGUAAUACAUUUAAUCGUAUGUAGUUGGGAAAUUAAUCAACACCCUGGCAAGAAUAUAGGAAAAAAAACACAAUAAGCUUAACAGAGAAGGAACACUGCCAUAUGGGACUUAUUUAAAACAAUUGACUAAAAUCAUAUAAAGAUUGCCAAAUGCUCACUUAGUUUCAACACCCAGCUGAUGCUGUUUACAGUCACAAUAGAGCUAAGUUUAUCCAAGAAGCGGGGGCCAACAUGAAUAACUUGAUAAAGCAUCACAAGAUGAAAAAGAAGCAUGAGCACAAUAAACACUGUUUCACAAGUUUUGACCUGCUUUUGAAGUUUAUAAAUAUUUUGAAAGAAAACUGGCUUCAAAUAAAUUUGUGCGCCGUAUACCUUUAACAUUCAGUGUCUUUAGUGCACAGCAUCUACAUUUCAAAGUUACGUCUAACUUUGAGAUCAUGUAGUUACAUCACAAUAUUGCGUAUUGACAAUUUGGACUUUUACGUGGUAGGGUAUGUUCUAACUUUUGUAAUACUUUCUCUGUUUGAUAGUUAGAACAUGUGUACUAGUGAGCUGAAUUAUCAAAGCAGCUUUGGUAUUCUUUUGGUUUUCUCAACUCUAAGUUAAACAUACCUCAUAGCUUGAUUUCUUCAAACUAUUUCUUAUUUAAUAAAAUAGUAUUUUUUCUUUGUGGCCUUAAACAAACUAGGCAUCUUAAAUGAUGAGCUCUAUCCUGCCAACAGCCAUCACCAUUUUCAAUAACUCUUUGAAGAAUCUAAUUAUGAGUUACGACUACAUUUAAUUUCCCUUUGGGAUUAACAAAGUAUUUUUGAAUUUGAAAUCAACCAAACCUUUACAUUAAAUUCAAGACAUUUCAAUUUAGGAAUGCAUAAAGGAGCUAAAGUAAUACUUUUUUUGUGCUUAAUCAAAAGUAUUUUUUCAUUUUUCUACACAAAAACAUUUUUAGUUUAGUUUAAUCAUCAUGCUUUGUUUUUCUCAGUUUUUUUUCAGUUUUGCUAGAUGAGUUGAUGAGUAGAAAGUUUGCUCUUUCCAACUGGUUUGGAAAGAGCAAACUUGACAACAGCCCUUCUUAAAGAAAUUCCCUGUAACUACAUAAUUUUUUAAAAAUAUGUGAUGCUGUUUUUUGCUUCUUUUGAGCAAGCCCAUAAGAAUUCAUGAGUUUUUUUUUUUCCUUUCUAAACAACCACGUCUUCCAGAAGUGAUGGAAAAAAAACUUUUAUGAGGAAUAAUACGCAUAUAAUGACCAAUUAAUGAUGUAUAUUAGUAUUAUAAAAGUAGCAUCCAAAUAAUUAGAUAAAAGCAUAUUUGUUCCGCUUUAUCAACUUUCGUUCGGUCCAGUUACUUCUAAAUGAAUAUUAAAAUGUUUGGAAAUCUAUUUUUUAUUUUAAUGAAGACUGUCUAUGGUUUUUAUUUCUCAGUACCAGAUAACGAAUUUUUGAUGAAGUCACGUUAUCGCGAUAUGUUGUUUGCGGAGGGGAUGAGAGACGUUGUGCACAAUCAGUGCGUCAUUCCUGGGAGAGAACGCCUUUUGUAACGAUUUGCGUUGUGUUUUGCGUUUUUAAGUAAAAGACCUGACCAUCCGAACCGGCUCUUCACAAUGGCAGAGCCUGUCAAACGGCUUUGCAGGACGGGGUAUGUGUUCCUGUUUCUCUGUCUUUUUGCCACAUGGAGUGUGGUGUUGUCAGUUACUCCUUAUUCUGUACCUGAAGAAAUGGAGGAGGGAUCUGUCGUUGCUAAUUUGGCAGCUGAUUUGGGAUUAGAAGUGAAGACGCUGAAGACGAGGAGGAUGCGUGUGGAUGUUGUAGCCAAUAAAAAAUAUCUGGAUAUUAACAAAGACACGGGGGAGCUUUAUAUUUUGGAAAGGAUUGAUAGGGAGUUUUUGUGCCCAUCGAAAACAUCCUCGCACUGUAUGCUUAAAUUAGACGCAACAAUUGAAAACCCUGUGCGCAUGUUUAACAUAGAGGUUGAAAUAACAGAUAUAAAUGAUAACGCUCCUCAUUUUAGAAGAGGAACGAUGCAUUUAGACAUCUCAGAGUCGAGCCCUGUUGGAGAGAGAUUCUCCCUGAACAACGCUGUUGACCCGGAUGUGGGAACGAAUUCUGUAAAAAACUACCAUCUGAGCGCCAGUGAAAAUUUUGCUAUUGAAAUUCAAACUGGAAGAGAUGGAUCGAAAUUCGCUGAUCUGAUUUUGAAAAAGGCUCUGGACAGAGAACAGCGGGCUGUUCAUAAUCUGAUUCUGACCGCUGUGGACGGUGGGGUGCCCACGCGCACAGGUACAGCCAGCAUUAUUGUUCGCGUGCUUGAUGUGAACGACAACGCCCCUUCAUUUGACAAAGACCAGUAUGUUGUGGAUGUGAUGGAGAACUCGCCCAUUGGAAGCUUAGUGAUCAAACUGAAUGCUACUGAUUUAGAUGAAGGCUCCAACUCUGACAUGACUUACGCAUACAGUUUAUACACAUCAGAGAGAACCCAGAUGAUGUUUAAACUGAAUCCAGAAAAUGGUGAGAUCAGAGUAAAGGAAAUGAUAAAUUAUGAAGAUUUGAAAAUGUAUGAAAUGGAGGUGAUAGUCAGUGAUAAAGGACCAACCUCCUUAUCUGGACAGUGUAGAGUUACAAUCCAGGUGACUGACAUGAAUGACAACCAUCCUGAAAUUUCUAUUAAAUCCUUUCAGAGUCCAGUAAAAGAGAAUGUGGCCACAGACACAGUGAUAGCUGUAGUUAGUGUCAGUGAUAAAGACUCAGGUGAUAAUGGACAGGUUGAUCUUCAUAUUCCAGAGAACAUGCCUUUCAAACUGAGGGAGUCCUCUGAUAACUAUUAUGAGUUAGUGGUGUCAGAGCCAUUAGACAGAGAGAAGGUCCCAGAAUAUGAAAUCACCUUCACUGUCACAGACAGAGGGUCUCCUCCUCUAUCUGACAAUGAAACUAUGACUUUGGAGCUGCUGGAUGUUAAUGACAAUGUUCCUCAGUUCUCCCAGUCAUUUUAUACCAUACGUGUCAUGGAGAAUAACGCACCUAGCUCCUUGCUCAGCUCACUCACUGCAUUUGACCCUGACCUCCAUGAAAACCAGUAUCUAGUUUAUUUCAUCAUAGAGAAGGAGAUUGCCAACACCUCCAUGUCUAUGCUGUUCUCCAUCAAUCCAGAGAACGGGAAUCUUUACGCACUGAAAACUUUUGACUAUGAGAUUGAGAAGGAGUUUCUUUUCCACAUUGAGGCCAGAGACUCUGGUUCUCCUCCUCUGAGCAGUAAUGUGACCGUCCACAUCAUCGUUGUUGACCAAAAUGACAACGCUCCAGUUAUUGUCUCUCCUUGGCGAGCUCAUGGCUCAGUGGUGGAGGAAAAGAUCCCCAGAUCUACUGAUAAAGGAUCCCUGGUGGCUAAAGUGAUCGCCUUAGACACAGACUCUGUGCACAACUCUCGGAUUACCUACCAGUUUCUCCAGGUGACUGAUGCUUCCUUGUUCAGCUUGGACCAAUAUAACGGAGAGAUCAGGACUAUGAGGAUGUUCAGUUACAAAGACUCGCGCCACCACAGACUGGUUGUUGUUGCCAAGGACAACGGGGAGCCUGCUCUCUCUGCUACAGUCACCAUCAAGCUGCUGACAGUGGAGACUGAUGUUAAGGCGUACUCUGACAUGACUGAGAUGCCUCUGGAAUACGACAUCUUUUCAGACAUCAACCUGUAUCUGGUCAUCGGUCUGGCCUCGGUGUCAUUUCUCCUGCUCAUCACCAUCCUGGUCACCAUCGUGCUGAAGUGUCAGAAACCCAAACCCAGCAAAAGUGCUCCUCCCAGCAGGAACAGUGUGAUCAGUGAGAGGAACUCCACCAUCGCAGACUCCACUCUGGUCUCCAACGAUGCCUACUGGUACAGUCUGUUUCUAGCAGAGACCAGGAAAGGAAAGCUGGUGGUCAGACAGCCUGUGCCAAAGGGCUCCAGAUACAUCGUGUCCAGCAUCCCGAGAGGAACGGGACUGUCAGAAACUAGUGACUCAGCUGCUUCUACUCUGCAGGCCUCCACUACAAGCAGCAACAGCUCCAAGUAAUCCCACUCCUUCAGCUGUGGAUAGGAUGUUCACCAACAGCAAAAGCCUGGUGGAAGAAAAGAGGAACUCCGUUUAGAGAUUCACCCCCACGGAUACGCCCUCCUUUUGUCUCGUUUCUGUUCCUUCCUCUGUGCAGUCGUCAUGCAACUCAAAUGAAUCAGACCAGAAAACAUGCCCUGCACUCUCCCGUCCUUUGAACACAUAAAACGCCGGUCAACAACGCCAUGGUGUCCAUACCUAUAUGCAUGAAUAGGCUGCAUGGCUUUAACUUAUAUUUAAAGUAUUGUAAAGAUGAGGUACUGAGAAAUGUGCACUCUAAGUUUGUACAGAAGGCACAGCAAGUAUUUCAAGAGAAGACAUGGGAAGGUUGGAAUGUCCUUAGAGACUUUUUACGUUUAGUAGAAAGAAGCACAUGUUGGAAUCUACAGUUGAAUCCUUCAUGCCCUGCCUUGCGCCAUACAAACACUGAUGUAUAAUAUCAGAGGUAAAAUACAGCACAACUAACUAAAUGUUCAAAAAGCAUAGAAUAAAAUUUUAAGUAAUUAAAUAGAAUCAGCAUUUUUGUAAAUGUGUUUACUGUUAGCUAAUUCAUGUUUACUUGUGUUUUAUAAGUUAGCCAGGCCUAAAUAUGUGAAAGUGCCAAGUCCAUCAUAAGCACAAAUGAAUAGAACUGAGGCCUUUCUUCAGCCAUCAUGCCUUUCAGUUGUUUUCUGCAAGAAACAAUAGAGUAACGAGUAUCAAAUAUGUUAUUUUCUGCAAUUACGACAGACAUUCUUUUGUUGUUGUUGUUGUUUUAACAGAGAUGGAACAAUUAUAAUUCAUGGGACCAGAGUCAUGCGGUGCGAUGUUUUGUUUUGUUACCUCAGUUUAGGAUGAAGCAGUACAGUUGAUUCACAAAUGUAACAUUUCUCAUAACAUACAGCUUACAUGUCACCAUGUUUGAAGGUUUUGGCUACUUGAACAUUGUUAAAUAAGUCUUGGGGUUUCAGUGAGUGAGCGACCUUGAGAAAACAGAUUGAUUUGUUAUAUAAACUGUAUUUAUACCAGGAUUUACUUAUUUGAGUUUGCAAGCAAAACUCUUUGAGUUAGCUUCAUUUCAGUAUAUUCAGUGAUGCAGCCCUUAACGUUGACUUUACAAAACUGGAACAGCAAAUUGUACCUGUGGUUUUAUUUUCACUCAAUGAAAGCUGUGUUUAUGUACUUUACAAAACUGUAUGUGUCUCCUUAAGGAAUUCAAACAAACAUGCAACUAACAUGAGAAAAUAAUCACAUGCCUCUUUAUUAAUAUGCCUUUUUUUAUCAUCAGUAAAGGAUUUUUAAGCCUCUUUAAUGUGAACAGAGUUAUGUGCCAUCAUAUUUAAGUCUGUGUAUGCAGGAACACAACCAUGUUGUCAAACUCUUUAGUACAGCUUGUGUUUCUAUUUGGGUGUAAUGUGUUGAAUCAAAACAUAUAUGGUAAAUGCUUUUGUACAGUGUUACUUUCACGGUGCAACAUGUAGACAGUGUGAGUUAAUUGUGUACUGUAGUCUGUAUGAAUUACUAAAAAUAAAAUAUAACAAUGAAAUUUCA